AUGGGAAAAGUGUGGCGUGUUAGGCGGGUCGAAGUUCCCUUGACGGAAAAACAAUUAGAGGGUCUGAUCAGAAGAUUUGAUACCGAUGGAGACGGCAAGAUUAGUCGGAACGAACUGAGGGCAGGUUUUAAGGGUCUUGGAUUACGUCUUGCAGGCUUUAAAGCAGGUUGCGCGGUGCGUUAUGUUGAUGCUGAUGGAGAUGGUUAUAUCAGCGAUGAUGAGAUCAACCAGCUUGCUAAAUAUGUUUUCAACAGCACAACCAAAGACUAUGGGCCUGGUGAUAAGCCUUCUGAGAGCCCUAUUUGUAUUAAUAGGGUGUUUAGAAGUCUUGCUAAAUGGGCUACACGAACCGGACUGCAAAUAACCUCUACUAAUGUUGCUGGCACAUUCAGUUAUUUGGCUCCUGAGUAUUUUAUGCACGGAAAAGUUACGGAGAAAAUUGAUGUGUAUGCAUUUUGUGUUGUGCUUCUUGAGCUUCUUACCGGAAGGAAGCCGAUAAGCAAUGGACAUCCAAAGGGUGAAGAGAGUUUGGUUAUGUGGGCAAAGCCAGUUCUGAAUAGCGGGAAAUUUUCAAGAUUGUUGGACCCCAUUUUGGGUGUUGACUAUGAUGUUUACCAAAUGGAGUGCAUGGCUCUUGCUGCUAUGCUUUGUAUCAGAAGUGUGUCCGUGACAGGGUUGAUGUUUUUGACACGAAUAAAUAUGUGAGUUGUGUUCAGGUUGAACAAGUCAACCUGGCAGCCCACCAAGGUGACCUGAUUGACACCGUUGGUACUGAUAGUAGUUUAUCAACUCGAGUUGAAUUGAAUUGAAUUCCUCCUCUGGUAGAUUCUCAAACUGCUUAAAGGUGAAGUGGAGGUGACAAAAUGGGCCCGGCAAGAACUUGACUAAAUUGGAACCUAUAUUGGAAUUCGUUUUUUGAUUAGUACUGUUAUUGUUAUUUCAUUUAUACAUUUAUGAUCAGUUUAAAUUAAAUUUUCCUGCUCGGGAAGUUCCCGGGUUAUAACCUAUCCUUUAUAUAUACAAAAAAAACAUUACAUA